UAAAACAUAAAUAAAUAGAAUUUUGACCGUUUAGUUAUAAAGCACUACACUUGUUUAACAUUCAAUAAUAAUAAAAUAAGAUCAACAGUUAUUAUAUUUAAUAUAAAUAUAUAACAUCUCUAUUCGGAAGCGCGUGCUCGAGAUGUAAUAUCAUAUUUUGUGCUUAUCGAUCGACUUAACGCGCAAGUUUGUGUUGGUGGUUAGAAAAAACGACAUUAAAAAGAAGUUAUAACAUACUAUAAAAAAAAAUUGUUGCACCUUUUUCAUAUGCUUGCGAAUGAAAAUUCUAUUUUCAUUUAUUAUUAACAAUUAUUCCCCUUAAGGAAAACUAGAAAACAACAAGACACACAAUGACACAUAUUAAUUUCUUCGUUAAAUAUUUACUCGCAUGUUAUUUAUUUACAUGUGUGUCUGCUUUAACAUUGCCUUAUUUAACAACUCGAAAACCACGGGUCACAAAAUAUAUGACGACAACACCAAGUAGUACUCAAUAUCCGGGAAGUAUUGAAAGUUUACAAGUAGCCGCAAGUACAACAACGACAGAAGCGCCUACAUCAGCUGUUUUGUAUCGAGUAAUUGCUAACAGUGGAGCAACAUGUAUUUUAAUUCGAACUGAUGCAUUAAUUAGUAUUCAGUACACGAGCACCGAUGGUGAAGUCAAGGAAGGAGAUGCUUUUGUACCAGAAAAUGCUCAAGUUACUGGUGAUUGUGAUAGAAAUGAAGACGAGGCUAUAAUGAGUAUUGCAUGGCCAGGAUUUGUAUUGAAUUUUAAAUUUGAAAAAACACCUGGCGGUGAGCGAUGGUAUUUAGACAAAGUGGAAUUGGUAUUUGAUACAGAAAAUAGAAUAUUCGAGCAUAUGAUUGAUCGCAAACAUAGUAAACUUAUAAGAUUGUCAACAAGUGAAGAACAUAGUGCCAUGUUAUUCCCUACACCGGUUGGUAAAUCGUACACUUGUGAAGAUGAAAAAACAGUCACCUUACGACCUGCCAAUGAAAAAGCAGCCUACUUUAAAGGGAUCCUUUAUUUGCGCCAAUUGCGAGUUCAACCAUUCAUGUAUAAAAGUACAAAUGAUUUCGGACCACAAUUCGAAUGUAGUGUAGCUGGAUAUAUGCGUGAUGAAACUGCUCCAAUUGCCGUUGGAUCAACUUUAGCCUUAGCAGUUUUAGGUACUAUUACCGGUUAUGGGCUAUUUAGGUAUUUUAAAAUUAAAAAGGUUCAAUACAAUACAAUGGAAUAAAAUUA